UCAUUCUCGUUCUAUCUGUGCACGGGUUAAGUGCUGACUUGCUGUUUAGUCUGUUACUGCUAUGGUGUCUUAAUGUUGAAGUGCUUGACUCUUAUAAUAAAGUAGUGUUGUAAUGGAAACUUGGUGCUUGUUAAUAAAGAUCUAAAGGCAGAAUACACCACAAUUUGGCGACGAGGAUGGGAUUGGUCUGCUGCCGUAUAACGUUAAACUGUUACGAUGGGAUUGGUCUGCUGCAUGCCGGUGUCACAAAAUUUAUGUGCUCCUGAAAAGCCUGGUGAAAAGACUUAUGUCCAGCAGAAGAACUUGUGAACAAGCAUCUCAACCCCAAACCAUUGGUGAUAGCAGAAAGAGUCAAAUUUCAUGAAAGAAUCCAACAUGAUGGAGAAACUGUGAAUGAGUUCCUGGCACAGCUCAGGAAAUUAUCUGAACAUUGUCAAUUCGGUGAGUUCUUAAAUGAUUCACUAAGAGAUAGAUUUGUGAGUGGACUAAGAUCAACUCGAAUGAAACGUAAAUUAUUAACUGAAGUUGACCUAACUCUGCAGAAUGCUGUGAAAAUUGCUACUGGUAUGGAAUUGGCAGAAAAACAAGCCAAUGAAUUAAGUUGCAAAUUUGAAAAAUUGCCAGUAGAUGAAAAUAAACCAAAAGUUCAUAAAGUUCAAAAUAAUCAAAGAUUUGCAACGCGUUCUGAAAUUCGAAAAUUCAAAGAAUGUUUUCGAUGUGGGAAAAGUAAUCAUCCUGCUGAAAGCUGUUUCUACAGAAAUGCAAAGUGCCAUAAAUGUAAACGAAUUGGGCAUAUAAGUCGAAAAUGCUCAAUGCAACGUAACUUCUAUCGAGGUUCCAAUCCUCUGAAAAGUAAAAAGUCUUCGAAUUGUGACUACAUGCAACCUACGAAUGAUGAUAACCUGUCUUCGGACUGUUCUCAAAAUGAAAUGUGUCCUGUAUUUACUACUAAGUCUAGUUCUUAUGGUCCAAUAGUAGUUCCACUGAGAAUCGAAAAUUGUGAUUGUAAAUUUGAAUUAGAUACUGGUAGUGGGGUGUCACUCAUUUCUGAAAGCAUGUAUGAAAAGAAUUUUAAACAUUUGCCUUUGCUGAAAUCUAAUGUUGUAUUGACAACUUAUACUGGUGAAAAUAUUACUGUCUUAGGUAAAGUGAAUGUUACUGUUGAAUAUGAGUCACAGUGUGUAAAUUUACCUUUGCAAAUUGUUCGUGGCAAUGGUCCAUUACUAUUGGGUAGAAAUUGGUUAUCCCAAUUGCAAUUGAAUUGGCAUCGUAUUUGUCAUAUUGGUUCCAAGCUCACGCUUGAGAAUAUUUUGAAAAAGUACCCUGUUUUUGAUAAUUCCCUUGGUACUAUAAAAGGUAUAACUGCUAAACUAAGGGUGAAAGAAAGUGCCAUUCCGAAAUUCUACAAGCCACGUCCUGUUCCUUUUGCUCUUCGUGAUAAAAUUUCGGAUGAGCUGAAAAGACUAGUAAAUAUGGGGGUCCUGAAAAAAGUUGAAAGUUCUGAUUGGGCUUCACCCAUUGUUCCAGUAUUGAAAGCUGAUGGUUCAGUAAGAAUUUGUGGGGAUUUUAAAGUAACUAUAAAUCCUGAAUUAGAUGUCCCUGAAUAUCCCUUGCCUAGACCUGAGGACCUAUUUAGUAAAUUGAAUGGGGGACAGAAAUUUUCAAAGCUUGAUUUAUCAGAAGCUUAUCAACAAGUCUUACUUGAUGAUGAAUCUCAAAAAUAUGUCACUAUUAAUACUCAUAUGGGGUUAUUUAGAUAUUUAAGGUUACCAUAUGGGGCAGCUUCUAGUCCUAGUAUUUUCCAAGAAACUAUGGAGAAAAUUCUCCAGGGAUUGCCAAAUGUGGGUUGUAUUUUGGAUGAUUUGAUUGUCACUGAAAAAGAUGAUGAUAGUCAUUUGCAAUUUCUUGAUAAUCUUCUAUAUAGAUUGAAUUCAUUUGGUGUAAAAUUGAAACGUUCUAAAUGUUGUUUUUUGCAACCAUCUGUUGAAUAUUUUGCUUUUAUUGUUAAUGCAGAAGGUAUUCACCCUUCUCCGAAAAAGAUUGAAGCAAUAAUGGAAAUCCCUAGCCCUGAAAAUGUAAAAGAAUUGCAAUCUUUUCUUGGUAUUGUAAAUUAUUAUCGUAAAUUUAUUCCUGCAAUGUCUACCCUUGUUGAUCCUUUCAAUAAGUUACUGAAAAAGGGUAUGAAAUGGAAUUGGAAUAGUGACUGUAAAAAAGCUUUUGUGAAACUGAAAGAUAUAUUGGUGUCAUCUGAAGUGCUAGUACACUAUGACCCUGAAAAACUAUUAGUACUUGCCACUGAUGCUUCAUCUGUAGGUAUUGGUGCUGUAAUUUCUCAUAUACUGCCAAAUGGUGCUGAAAAACCUAUUGCAUAUGCUUCUCGUACUUUAACAAGUGCUGAAAAAAAUUAUUCCCAAAUGAGAAGGAGGCACUAG